AUGGACAAGCUCUUCCGUAAACGCACCGCAAAGAAGGCGGACAAGGACAGGCGCAAGCCUGCUCCCCUUCCAAAGGUCCCCCCGAGCCUCAAUGUCGACAUCCGCAACUCGCUCAUCCUCCCGGGAUUAUCGGAGCGCUUCUCCCUCCUGCUCCCGGGCAUGUCGGCCGUCGACGAGACCUCGGUGCGCGACCUGCUCGCCCAGCAGCGCGCGCGUGGUCAGGGCCCGGCGCUGACAGAGGAGGAGGAGGAGCUCGUCCUCGCCGAGCUGCUCCGCGGUCGCCAACAGGAAGAGCCCGACAAGUCCGCUGCUACGCCCGCCGAGAAGAUCGACAAGGACAAGACGGCCGACAAGGAGAAGACGGAGAGCCGCAACGACCUGCCGUACGCCAGCAUCGUGAACCGCAACAACUCGACCGCGUCUGUCUCUACCGGAUUCACGGGGUACACCGACUGGGACGGAAAUCCGCCCUCCUUCGACUCGCACGACUGGGCGUCGACACACACGGCGCGCGCUGGCGGCAUGGUCUCGUCCAUCUCUGGCACCUCCUUCCGGUCUGACGGCACGCACAUGAGCCCGUCCGAGAGCAACCACGGCCAUCUCCCCUCGUCCAACUCGCACAAUAGCAUGAAGCAGUUCCACAAGGAGCGCGUCCAGGCGAGAUCAUACGGUUUCACCGGCAGCGCCAGCUUCCGCGACAACAACUACCUCCGCCAAGUCCAGAAGGCGAAGGCGAACGGGUCGAUCGACGCGAAGGACUCGUACGCCAACUCGUUCAAGUCACCCCGCGCCAACGGUCACGCCCUUCCCGAAGAGGUCAGCCCGAAUCCAUCCUCCAACGGCAGCUCGAUGCCCACGGCGACGUCGCUGUCCGUAUUGUUCAGCGGGUUCAACACCGCGCCAUCGCCACAAGCUGGGUCUGCAUCCCUGAACGGCCACGAGUCGACCAGCCCUUACAGCGCCAAGAGCCGGGAACUGUCCGUCAACGGAGAGCGCUCGUCCGAACACAGCAAGAGCCCGAUGUCGACGAUGAGCGACCAGCCGCUGCCCGAGAUGCGCACCGUACCACAGUCUGACGACGAGGGCGCGCCGCGAGACACGCCAACGGGUCGCUCGACGCAACGCCAGUCGGUGCUCAUGAGCAUGAACCCACAGCAGAUGAAGCGCGUGUCGCUGGCGCUGCUCGAGAUCGAGACGCACCUCGGACGACAGCUGUCGCGGUCGGACGAGGAGCAGACAGAGGUUAAUCUGAACGACAAUGACGAGGAGCGCGAGGAGAUUUUGGACGGGGACGACGAAAAUGAGGACGACAGGGACAGGGUCCACUCACCCGUCCGCGGGCAGCAGCAGGGACACCAUGCACAGCAGCCAGUCACAGACGUUCCGUCCCAGCCCGCCCAAGCACUGCCAACACAACAGCCGCAACAACCGCAACAACAGUCUCAACCACCGGCUAUGCUUGACCGCCAAAACUCGACAGCGUCCACGACCUCGUCCGUGUUCCCGUUCACGGCGUCGCCGGCCUCGAGCGCCCACGUGUCGCGUGUCGGAACGAGCGAAACCCGCGCGAGCAUCAUCACUAACGACGCCAGCGGCAGCGGCAACGGCAACGGCAACAACGGAGACGCCACUCCUACAAUUGGAUCCCUGCCGUCAUCUCCCCGCACGCUCGAUUUCCAGCGCCAUCUCUCGUCACAUUCGUCCCAUGCGUCCCAUGGCUCACAGUCACAAUCUCAGUCGCAUCAAACUUCUUCAUCGCACUCUCCACAAUACACGCACAACCCCAUGCCCUCGACCUCGUCCGUCGGCACAGAGAUCGACAACAACAACCCGGACCUCAUCCCCCAGCCCGUGCUCAAGCCCUACCGCCCCCAGCCCGUCCGUGCUACCCCGACCCCUGUGCUUGGUGCUUCGAGCGGUUACGUUCCGGGGCAGCCUCGCCCCGUCGGGCGCGCCAACGGCGGCAACUCGAUCUCGUCCAUCGCGUCGUCGGCGGCGCCGCUCGGCCUCACCUCGCCCAUCAGCUCCCCCGUCGCCCUGAGCCGGACAAGCCACGACGGCCCUGCCCGAGCACCCGCUAGCGGCCAGCAAUUGUCCCGCGCGAUCUCGACGCAUUCCACCCACUCGCAGCAGUCGACACGACCGCGGCCAACGUCCAACACUCGCGGCUACGUUCCGCCUCCAGGCGCUCUCGCAUCGCGUCAACACCCCGGCCAUGCGCAGAACCACUCGAUUCACAGCUUGACCGAGAGCAUCGGCGCCGCGUCUGUCUCCCCGCACCUUGGAAAACAGAAACUCACCCCCGAGCCCAACGGCCAUGCGACCGAGUACCUCGACGAGUCGGAGAGCAGCGAGCCCGAGCGCCGACCCGAAUCGCACGCCCGCUCAGUGCCGUCGGUGCCGUCUACGGUCCGCUCGUCGGCCCAGAAUCUCAGCCCGCCGAACGCCUCUGACGCCGAGGACCUGACGCCGCCGCCAUCACUUGCCGAGCUCGCCGCGCCAUCGUCUGUCCGCUCGUACGGGCGCACAGCGUCAAUGAAUUCGUUCUCCUCGACGUUCAACAACUCGCCCGACCUCGACAGUAACUCGCCGUGGGACGCGAUCGUGAAUGCGGAAAAGUCGCCUCUCGACAGCAUGCAGUACUGGGCCCAGUCGGAGCAGGACCGCAACCAGCUCGACCUCCUCAAGUCCAUCAGCGGCAUGGGCAAGGAGGACCUGGCGCUGAUCCAGGGCCAGCUCGUCGAAAAGGCCAAGGCCGACGGUGCCGACGGCGAGUCGCCCAUCACUGAGCCUUCGACGGAGUCCUUGCCUUGGACGCCAUACGGUGGGCCGAACAUUGACGACUCGACGGAGCACAUUCCCAUCCCGCCGAGCUUCAUGAACGUCACGGACCUGCCGAAGGGCCCGCCGCCACCGCGUCCCCCGCCGCCGUCCGAAUCACCUGCCAUCUCGAUCCCGACAUCUCCGCCUUCGUCGGCUGCUCACGGCCGCAACCCGUCGUCGCAGGUGCAGUCGCCGAUCGACAUGGGCGGAUCGAUCUCGAGCCGCAACUUUGAGUUUGUCGGGCCCGUGACGAGCCGCAAGGGAUCGCAGACGUCGCCGAACGAUGUUAGCGGGUCUAUCUCUGGCCACGAGCGGAUGGUCUCCAACGCCAUGACCGAGUCUGAAGCUGGCCACGGCGGCGAUCACACGCGCAAUGUGUCCAACAGCCGGAAGUGGCUCGAUGACGACCCGACCAAGCGGCGCGACAUCGAGGAGCGUAUCCGUGGCGCGACGACGGACCUGUUCCGCGCACCCUCGCGCAGCGCACACAAGCGGCAUCUGUCGAAGAAGCAGAUUCGGGCCAUCGGCGAUCCGACGCUGCUCUCGACCUCGCACAACGUGCCGUGUACGCCGAUCGUGUCGACGCUCAAGCCCGAGGACAAGGCCAAGCCGCUAAAGAAGGAGAAGAGCAUGCGUUGGCGCAAGCUGAGCAGCUUUGGCGGGAAGAAGUCGAGUGUGUCGGACAUGCCACCGCCGCCGAACCCGAUUCCGAAGUUGCAGCCGGCCAACGCGUCGCCGACGCCUUCGCCGACGCAGGUCGUGCAGCUCAAGUCGAAACACGAGAUCAUGAAGGCGCAGCAGCGUGCCAAGACUGCGGACUCGGUGUCGCCCGACUUGACCGAGUUCAAGUUCCCCCGUGCGCCGAGCACGACGCCGAACGGCCAGGCGAACGGACAAACGUCGCCCUCGCCCUCGGCCAAGAAGGAGGCAAAGCCGCUGCCCACUCACGAGCGGACGGCGUCGACCGCGCAGUCAGCGUCGGUGCACGAUCGCUCCGCAUCGUCGAGCACGCAGCUGACGCAGAUGACGCAGCGCACGACGACGUCCAAGCGCUCUCCGACGGCGAAGAUCCGCUCAGGCUCGACGUCGUCUGCCAAGGUCCGCUCCCCCUCGUCAUCGAUCAGCCAGCAGACACCUCCCGCGACGCGUGCGCCGUCGGCGGCACAGCGUUUCCCGGCCACGCCGAACGAUUUCGCCCCGGUCGACGACACAGAGGACGACACGAUGCGCCCGUACUCGCGCCAGCGGGGCCACAGCCGUCAAGCGUCCGACGCCUCGGUCGCGAUCUCGACGUUCAUGGAGGCCGGUCGCAGUCUCGGUAUCGAAGAGAACCGGCUUAGCCACAUGCUCGCUCAGACCGGGUACGAGCGUCCGGGCACGGGCAUGUCGAUGCGCUCGCGCACGCACUCGAGGAGCAACACGCCGUCCUUCUCCAUGCACUCGCCGCCAAUGUCCCCCGGCAUCACUGGGUCCAGGUUUGGCAGCAUGAGUUCUGCGGCCAACGGGCCCUGGAGGAUCCCUUCGCCUGUGGCCGAGGACAAGGAGCGCGACACGCCGCAAGUCGUGCGGCGCACGAUCGUGGUCCCAGACGACGGCGAGUCGCACCGCGGCGACUCGUUCCGCCAGUCAAGGUAUGACUCGAUGUAUCGCCCGUCGAUGGACUCGUACCGCCGCAACGACUCGGUGUAUCGUCCCUCGAUGGACUCGUACCGGCCUUCUCUGGACCUGCGCCCGUCCACCCCGCCGCUGCAGCUGCAGCGCGCCGAGACGAACCAGUCGGCGCACUCCGUCUCUCCGGGCAGGCCAGGAAUGGUGCGCGGCAACUCGAUCCGGCGCAAGCCCGUGCAGUGGGCGAGUGGGGACCAGGAGCUGAUCUCGAACUCUCCUCGGGGCCCAGGCCACGGGCGCCAGCUCUCCGAGGCCAGCGAGGCAGAGGAGGAACUCCACUUCCCCCCGCCCAUAAACUUCAACGACAGCACGCGCAGCGCCCGCUCGUCCAUGGGCCCCUCGGUCAACGGGAGCAUCUACGACUAUUACUCUGGCGACCGGGACAGUGUGCGGGACAGCGUCGCCGGCGGCAGUAUCGCCGGCGGCAGCAUGCGACGGGCGCGUGAUCUGGAACGUGGUCAACGCGCCGCGCAACGGGGACGACCAGCGCAGCUCGGUGCUCUCUGCGUCGGAAUCGCAGGCCUCGGAGUCGAGGACCGCGACCUGCCGUGGCGCGUCGGCCCGACCGAGCGGCUGGACUGGAUGCGGCCCGAGACGCGCGUGUACUACACCUCGUCCGCGGACGUGGGCGACCUCAUCGACCAGCUGAGCUCGGACCUGGCGGGCGCAUCCAGGGGCCGGAUCGACAUCCGACCCAGCAGUCCGAGGGAGUACGGCGCCGAUCUGGAACCCGUGCCGUCCCCUGCUGGACUACCCUUGGCUUACGCCAACAGUCCGCUCAAGGGGAGCAGUCUCAGGUACCCCGUGCCCGAUGCGGGAGAGCGCGUGUCCUACGGCACGAGCGAGGAGGGCGAGAAGACCGUCGAGGACCGUCUGCAGGCGCUUAUGGACCGGCUGAAGGCGGCGCCGGGGGGUGUGGGGCGCGCGCCCUCCCGGACGGCAGUGUGA